AUGCAUCUUUUUUUCUGUGUCCCUCUCAUUGCCCUCUACUUUUGUGCAUGCCUUGGUGGUACCCUUGAGGUGAUUGAUUACGAUGGCCAGUGUGUAAUGUGGUCUGUCCACAACCAUGGCUGCACGGGAUAUUCUGCGCCUUUUGGAUUAAUUGACGGAAGUGACUGUUCGCACUUGAGCGAAGUUGAAGACGGAACACGCGAGAAAAAAACCGUUCUUAACGUUGAUGCUUGUGGCACGGAGGACGGCGAACCAGUUGCAUGGAUUACGGUGAAUGAAACCGGUCUCGUCACGUUCUCCAAUAAAAAUGGAGCUAAGACCGCAUGCACCUUGAAUGACGGACUUAAGGUUGGUAGCAGUUGUGAUGCUACCAACUCGGCAUCUUCAUCUGUUUCUCAUCUGUGUCCUACAUCAUCAAUUACUAGCUCAGGGCCUUCCUCUAUUCCAAAUUCUGCGGGACCUACCCCCAGCCAGGAGACUAUUUCUUCAUCCGAUUCCGUCAAAGGUUCUGGAUCUUCGUCCACUUUGGGGUCUUCAUCAAGCACACUAUUUAGUGAGACCCCACCUCCAAGUCCAUCGGGCUCGCUCGGUUGUGGUGGUCCUGUGUUGCAUUAA